ACUUUGGCUUGGCCCUUGGGUCAAUGGUCUUCGAUUUCUUGUUUUACAUCUAUAGGAUUAUUAUCUCUUUUUAAAUACUUGUUCACAAUAUUUUUUGUGUUUCUCAAAUCCUAAUAAUGCUGACUUUAGAGGAGUCUCGAGUCGACGCCCGGCGAUUCACUAGUAACUCGAAGUCUAUAGAAUUUGGACCAUGGCAUAUAUCCUACGAUAUAAGCUGUAUAUUACCCAGCGUCUGCUCUACAAAGGUUGUUUGCGAGAGGGAUGAUGAUCAGUUUUGUCAAUUUUGCGUAUACUGCAAAGAGCUGACAAUUCCACAUUUUCCUGAUAUGGUGUUUCCAAAGAAUAUUUUAUCAUUGACACAUAAUAAUGGAGCUAAAAUCAGUUUUAACCCGCUGGAUGCUUUAAAACUAGUAGCCUGUACUACUGAAGCUAUAGAAGUGUCCUGUGCAGAAGCUUGGCAGGUUGCAAGACCAGAUGCAACAAAGAAGAAGAGAAAUUUCGAUUGGACGUUCUCCACCGACUACAAGGGCACCCUCACCGACAACAUCAGUAUUGAACCCACCGACGAGAACAUCAACUACGAGUUACUGAAACAGAAAGACCAGAUACUGUUCUACCAUGACCUUACACUGUUUGAGGAUGAAUUGCACGACCAUGGCAUAUCCAAGCUAUCUGUCAAAAUUAGAGUGAUGCCAAGCUACUGGUUCGUACUACUCAGAUACUUCCUAAGAGUUGAUGACGUCAUGGUGAGAUCUCACGAAACUAGAAUGUUUCACAUGUCAAACACUAACUAUGUCAUACGAGAAUACACGGCAAAGGAAUCGAAAGCUGAAGAUUUACAGAUUCCCACAUCACAGAUGAAGGAGGCAGACGAUGUUACUCAAUUUCUUCCAGUUAAAGAGAGGACUCUUCACAAACUGAUAGUUCAUUCAGACUCGAAUUGUAGUUAAUAACAAUAUUUUUAUACAAACUUAUCCAUUAACAGUAAAAAUUUUAUAUUGUCUUCGGUUACCGCGAUAGUUACUCAUGAAAUAAAACUAUGAAAAGGGAUUAUACAUACAUACAUAUAAUCACGCCUAUUUCCCGGAGGGGUAGGCAGAGACAACGGAUUUCCACUUGCUACGAUCCUGACAUACCUCUUUCGCUUCCUUCACUUUCAUAACAUUCCUCAUACACGCUUGCCGGUUUAGGGAUUAUAUCGAAACGAAACAUCGGGAUGUAUUAUAAAUUCAAUAUACGCGAUAUAAUCCGUUUUCAUAGUUUUAUUUCA